UGCGAUGGCCGGCUACUGGGAGAUCCCGGAGGGGACCAACUGCCCCCGCAAGGCCUGGAUCACCGGCCGCCUCGGGGCCGCGCUGGGCUUGAUUGGUUCGGCAUAUCAUAUUGUAUUGUACCCGCCUAACUCGGCCGUUAAGGCUGCGCAAACGGCAGCCAUGAGCACUGUCACAAUGGCUACUUUGGGAGCAGUAUUUGGAUUGACCACUUGCCUCAGUGCCCAAGUCCGGGAGGACCCGGAGGAUGCCCUGAAUUAUUUCAUAGGCGGUUGUGCAUCAGGCCUUGUCUUGGGUGCAAGAAAUCACAGCCAUAUCGUUGGUUCCUCAGCAUGUGUGGCGCUAGGACUUGUGGCUGCUUUUACAAAGAUAGGCAAGCGAGAAGGCUGGAAGAUAGCAUGACCUCCCAGACUCUAAAUGUAGGCUGGCUCCUGUCUCAGAAAUGUUUUUCAAAUGUCCUGCGUAAUAAAUAACA